UUUAACGUCCAAAAGAUGGCAUCGUUACAGCGCCUCCCUCAGGCCUGGCAUGUCAAUGACAUGCUACGGAGUGGAGCAUUUCAAGCGCUUUGUGGCCGAACGAGGCCUUUUGCCAAUGUCAUCUUGACAUAAUUCAUUUGGUGUGAAGUCCAAAACCGGAAGCCGCUCCAGCGCCACCCACAGGCCUGGCAUGUCAAUGACAUGCUGUGGAAUGGAACAUUUCAAAGUGCUCUCUGUGCGGACGGCGUUUUGUCAACAUCUUGGAAAUGUGAUGAAUUUGUAUAAAGUGCAAAAAAAAAAAUUGGGGACAUGGUCACAGCGCCACCCACAGGAACGGCAUGCCAACGCCGUGCUUCUUCGGAGUGGAAACUUUUCAAGUGCUUUCCGACACGUGACAUUGUUACGAGUGUGUGACGUUAUUAACUUCCAAAAGCAAAACAUGCUCUUCAUUAAGUCUGGCGCAGUUUUCCCUUUGUGUGGACAAGUCCCAUGACGUGAUGGCGUUUUUAAUUUUAGCCUGGCAUGAAAAUAAAAACAUGUUAGCAAUUAAUGUGAGACAUGUCAACAAAUCCCGCCUGACUUUUUCCUUUCUUUUUUUUUUUGGUCACAGGAAGUGACCAACAUUUUUCCAAAGCCAACUCUGCUGAACACACACUCCCCCCCCCCCCCCUGCAUAUCUGCUUCUCCUCUCCUGUCACACACACACACACACACACAUACACUGAGCAAGAGGGAUGCGUGUGAUUCCGCUGCUGAAUUUUUAAAGCUGUUGUGGAAAUUUGCAGGGUCAGUGUGGCGAAGGGUUGCGUUACAAAGUCACAAACUCCAAGACACGCACAGAACACAGAUUCUUCUUCACGGACCAUCUGGCCCGAGCGGUCCUGAUGCUGUCGCCGUAGCAACAUGAGCAUCCACACCCAGAGAGAGAAGGAGGAGGUCCUACGGCGGCGGGCCAGCACCCCAGCCCGCCCCACCCAGCGGCAGCGGCCCCCGCCCUGCGCCCGUGAACCCUGCGGCGGCGCCGACCCCUGUGGCGCCGGCACCCGGCGCAGGCACCCUCCCCUGGGGCAGUCGGCGUCCUACCACCUGGGGGACACAUCCCUGCGCUACCGGGCGCGGUGGAGCUCCGACUCGGAGGACGACUCCGAGUGUGUCAACAGGGUGCCGUUGCUAGGCGACCCCGGCGUGGGCAAGAGCAGCCUGGCGGGAAUCUUUGCGGGAAUCUCCGACAAAGACGAUCACCUGGAAGAGGACACGUACGAGAGGACGCUGACCGUCGAUGGCAAGGAUACGACGCUGCUUAUCCUGGAUACGUGGAGCAAUGACAAACCGUGUGAGGACGAAGAAGACGGACGUACGGGCGGCGAGGCGUGCCUGCCGCGCGACAGCGCGUACGUCGUCGUGUACUCGGUCAGCGAGCGCUGCAGCUUUGACGCGGCCGCCGAGCUUUGCAUCGCGCUGAGGCGGCGCCGACCGGCCGACGACGUGCCCAUCAUCCUGGUGGGCAACAAGAGCGACCUGGUGCGCUCCAGGGAGGUGGCGCUGCAAGAGGGCCGAGCGUGCGCGAUGGUGUUCGACUGCAAGUUCAUCGAGACGUCGGCGUCGCUGCAGCACAACGUGAGCGAGCUCUUUGAGGGCGUGGUGCGCCAAAUCCGCCUGCGCCGCACCGGCGGAUCGGACGCGGCGCAGUCCAGACGCGGCGCGUCCUGCAAGCGCAAGGAGAGCAUCACCCAGAAAGCGCGCCGCUUUCUGGACCGCCUGGUGGCGCGCAACAACCAGCACGCGGCCGUCAGGGUCCGAUCCAAGAGCUGCCACGACCUGGCCGUCCCCUGAGAGGUCGGACGCCGUUCCCGGCGACCCAUCCUCACCAAAAGUUGUGACUGGUUCAGGCACAAUGGAGGGCGACUCUUCUGACCUUCAGGACCUUAUGGAAGGCUUUGGACCAGGAAGUAGCUUGCCAAUGCUAAUAAAUUCUCACCAUGGAAUCGGUAAGUCACCUGAUAAACACUUUUAUCACUUUUUUUUUUCUUUUUUGCAUUUUUCUCUUUUGUAAUCCUCCAUGAAGCACAAAGUACCCUGACAAUGUUAACUAGCAAAUUAAUUAAAGCUCAUAACGGAAUCCACGAACACUCCCCAAAAAGUACCCGAUAUUUAUCACAACUGUUUGCAUUUUUUUUUUUUAAUGUGACGUCUGUUUCACAAUUUCAGUCACAAUGGGACUUUACGGUAAAUGCGACCAAAAAAGGGGAGGAAGUGGCUUUUUUUUUUUUUUUUUUUUUAAUGGGAAAACUUCAAAUGGACUCCACUACGUGCUUAGCGAGCACAUAAACGCACGUACUCUUUCACGCACUGACACACACAAAUAGCCUCCUUCGGAAACGCACAGUGUUCUUGAAACGAUAAACAUCUUCAAUGUAUACAGGAUGUGUUCGUUAGCUUGAUGAAUGACCUUGUCGUGUCUUUGAUGCUUGCAAAACAUUUUAUGCUGAAUCUGUGGAGAUUCUGUGAUAUUAAUAAAACCAGAGAUUGAUGAUGUGGGUGAUGUUUACAAAA